AUGGGCUGGCUCGGUACCCUUGGACCUGUGUACGGCGACCACGCAAGUGACAAACCCGACAACACCAUCCCAGUUCUCAACAAUGACAACGGGGACAUUAAUGCCGGGUACGGUGGAAAAUUCGUUUGGCUGGUGGCCCAGUACCACGCAGAGCGAGGCACCGGCAUCUCCGACAUCCGGGUCGUCUUCUCUGACCACGCACGCGAGGGGGCCUUGGACCUGGCCAAGGGAGCGGGCGGGCUGUAUCGGUACUUGGAGUUUCGCUAUGGCGGCGAGGGCGAGCGGCAUGUGAGGCAGGUGGUGCUUGCGCGGCGGAGCGAGCCCAUGAAUGCGGCCACCGCGCAGAGGCUGGGCUUCCAGGGCUUCAGCGACAAUAUCGACCACGGUCGCGGGUCGUUCAUAUACUUGCUGUGGAAUUAUUGA